AUGGCCCAUUUCCUGCGCGGCAAGCAGGUCGGCGUCCAGAAUGACCUCUCCGUCGGCAUCUCGCAGGAUGUGUUCAUGGUAGACGACUUCGCGCGCUACGGAGUCGACUCACAGAUAUCGGUGCUUGCCUACGACCCCGUUCAAUCCCUGCUGGCCGUCGGCACCAACGAAUCCCAGUUCGGCCCUGGCCUCGUCUAUGUCUUCGGGCAGAAACGAGUUUGCGUGACCUUCACUCCUCCACGGCGAUCCUCCAUUCGAGCCCUCCAAUUCUGCGCAGACAAACUCAUUGUGCUGGAUAGCAAGAACGAUGUCAGCAUCUUCAGCCUCGAGACCAAAAAGAUCGUCACUACAUACGCACCCCCGGGCCAUGUCACGGCCAUCCUGACAGACCCCAGCCUGGACUAUUGUUUUACUGGACUGCAAAAUGGCGAUAUUGUGGCAUACGACCUCGAUCGAGAAGGCCUCACCCCGUUCAGGAUCCCCAACCUCUGGCGAGAGCGGAACGCCAGGGCACGCCUCGUGCCGGUCGUGUGUAUGCAGUUCCACCCCAAAGAUAUUGGCACCUUGCUGGUCGGCUAUUCCGAGGGAGCCGUGGUCUACUCCUUCAAGCAAAAUAAAGCGACCAAGUUCUUCCAAUACGAAGUGCCUCGAGGGGCCCGAGGUGGGGACGGAGAUGUGGCUACGGCCGGUCAGUUAAGGCUGCCGCGCCUGACACAUGCAGUCUGGCAUCCCACGGGCACCUUCAUCUUGACCGCCCAUGACGAUGCGAGUUUGGUAUUCUGGGAUCCUCGGGAUGGGAGGGUCAUCCAUGCGAGGACCAUUGACGACACGGAUGUCAACAUCCCAGGGCGACCGAGAUCCAAAGACGGAUCAGCCACCAUCGCCUUGAGGCAGCCGUACAUUAACAUCGCCUGGUGCUCCAAAGUCAAUGCCGACGACACCGGCCUCCUCAUCGCCGGCGGCUCCCCGACGACCAAUCCAACUCGAGGUCUGACAUUCAUCGACCUAGGCCUAACCCCUGUGUAUCAGACUUCGACGUGGGAUUCUUUGGCCGCCUAUUUCCGAAACCCCAAGAGAAUCCACGUUCUACCAACGCCCCCGGCUGCCGAUAUCAUCACCUUCACUCUUGUUCCGCGUUCUUCUCCUCACUACGCCGGCUCUCACGAUCCCAUCGCCGCUCUAACGGUCCUCUCCUCGGGCGAAAUGGUGACCUUGAGUUUCCCCUCCGGCCAUCCUAUCACGCCGACCAACCAACUGCAUAUUUCAUUAUCUUUCGUCCAUCCGUUUGUGACAAAACUAGCACUGGCCUUUGUGGACCGGACCCGGUGGUUAGGCAUGAGGGAAUUGCGUCAGCAUGGACCCCGUUUUCUCCUGGGCGGAGCUGAAGGAAACCGACCUCUGAAGAGGUUUGAGAAUCGAAACAUCGUCCAGGUGGCUCAUGCUGAUGGAACCAUCCGAAUCUGGGAUGCGGGACAUGGCGAUGUCAUAGAGAACCCUGGUGUCCUCCAAGUCGAUCUUGCCAGAGCAGUCGGUAGGUGGGAUCUACUGGAAGUCUCGGAAAUGAGUAUGUCUGGAGCUACAGGAGAAUUGUCGGUCGGAUUGCGCACUGGUGAAGUCGUCAUCUUCAGACUGAAUCGAAACCAAUUUGCUGGCCAGCCUCCCUUAGAUCCCCUACCCAACGAAGGCCCCGGUAAGAUGACGGAUAUCACCGAGCGGGCCGAUCCCGGGUUGAAAGAGGGCCUCCUCCCGUUGACCAUGGUGAACGACCAGCAAGGUCCAGUGGUCGCUUUGAGGCAUUCCGACGUUGGAUUCGUGGCCGCCGGAUAUGCUGGAGGGGGCAUCACUAUCAUCGAUCUGCGUGGACCCGCCAUCAUCUACACGGUCUUACUCGGUGAGCUGGUCGGCGGCAAACACCGCAAAGGCAAUCUGAAGCGUACGAGCACAGGCACCACCCAGUCUACGGAAUAUGCCACCGCCAUGGACUUUGGGAUCAUGACACUGGAAGGCGAUGAUUAUUCGUCUUUGGCACUCUUUGUUGGGACAUCUCACGGUCGAGUUGCCACGUUCAAGAUCCUCCCAUCUCCAACCGGGCGGUACACUGCGCAACAAGCCGGUGUGAUCCAAUUGUCAGACAGCCGCGUCGUCUCUGUUUCGCCGAUCGAUGCCCACACCGGAUCGCCCGCGGCAGCCACCGGACCAGGAAUGGCAGGGUUGCAGACCGGACGCAAAGUCGACGGGGUGUUGGUGGCAGCCACCGUGUCGUCCGCCCACAUCUUCCGGCCGGCCCAUUCCAAAGGCGCAUCCAAGACCUUCGACCACUACCUGUGCGACUCGGCGCGGGUGGCGCGCUACGAAGAUCGAGGCCAUGCACUCGUAGGGCUGUUUGGAGACGGAGUCGCGCGCGCCUUCUCCAUCCCGGCCCUCAAGGAGAUUGCGCAUGCGCGAGUCAACCAUAUCCUCGACACCAAGCGAUUCGGCGAAGCAAUCAUCACCCCGACCGGCGACGUGCUGGGCUGGGUCGGGCCCAGCGAGGUAGCCAUAAUUAACGUCUUUGGCGCCGACCUGCCGUUGCCCGCCAGCACGGACCAGCUAUUCGACGGCACGAAAAUGGUGCCCCCGCGCCCGACGAUUAGCAAUCUCCAGUGGAUCGCGGGCACACAGUACAUCACGCCGUCCGACAUGGACGUGCUGAUCGGCGGACCGGACCGCCCGCCUUCGAAGCGCAUGAUGGCCGAAAUGCGCGCCGCCCAGGAGGCCGAGUUCCAGAGACAGCGUGAGGCCGCCCGCACCGGUCGCCCCGCGGCCAAGGACCCGAGUCAGGAGAGUUACUGGGAGUACAUGCAGCGGCAGUUGGCCGAGAGGACCGAAGCCCUCGGUCUGGCCGGCGACAGUAUGGACCGGGCCGCCGAGUCGAGUAACUCGUGGAGCGAUGGCGUCAGUAAAUUCGUCGCCAAGCAGAAGCGACAAGCUGCGCUGGGCUAUCUGGGUUCGAAAUUCGGGUUAUGA